AUGGAAAAAAAGACAAUAAUUGCGUCAAUAAUAGCACUUGUUGUUUCAAUUGCCUUCGCAAGUGAGAGAAGUCUCAACAGAUCAGAUUACAACUGUAGCGGUCAUGCAUACCAUAAUGUGACAAUGGCUGCCUAUUAUCCUGAUUUUACCAGUGAUGACGAAUUCGACUACCUAGACGCCAGACUGAAGAAACUGAGAACAUUACAGGAUUUCCUUGAUGGUCGUACCGAAUUUGUAACUCUCUCCAUGGAUCUAGAUUCAGGUAUUCCUUACGGGACAAAAGUGUGCAUUCCAGAGCUGAAUGCAAAAUUUAGUCGCCAAAUUCCCUUUCAGGUCAGAGACAGAAGUCACUACAGUGACGUUAAAACAAACUCACCUGACUUCUCGCACGUGGAUAUUUGUGUAAGGACUGAGGAGGACACGUAUGAUAAUUCUGUGAACGGUAUCAUAACACUUUACGUGUGA